UUAGACGAUUUUGAAUAACAACAAAUAAACACUCGAGGAAAAAGUGAAAACUCAGUGAAAAUUAAUUAAUAAAUCAUCUGUGCUUUCCGGAAGAGAAAAAUUAAAAUAUCAGGAAUGGAAAACGCAACAAGCUUCGAUAAAAUCAUCAAUUCUACACAAAAUAUUGUUCCAAAAAGAUUAUCAUUUGAUUUUCUUAGCAAUACAUCGGAUCUUCAUUCGGUAAAAAAGCGUAAGUACAACGAUAUGGAACAGCCAGAAAGUCAACGCAAAAAUGAUGCAAAUGAGUCAUUAAACGAUUCAUUUAAUACAAGUUCAUCAUCGAUUUGUGCAUCUUGGGAAACUAAGCUUUUAAGGAGUGAUCUGAUAGAAGCACAGUCUAGGAUAUCACAGCUUAAGAAGGAAAUCCAGCAUCAAUCAACAAUUCAAACGGAACUAGAGUUGAAAUUUUCAGCAAAAGAGAAGGCACUUGAAAGUGAGAGAAAUCAAUAUAAGAAUAAAGCCACAGAGUACGAGAAAAUAUUGAAAAAGAAUCGUAAGAAUGAGAAUCAAAUGAAAGAGGAACUGGUCAAAUUUAGGAAUCAAUUGACUAUUCAGAAGCAAAACUUUGAUUCACAGAUGUUUAAUUUGCAAAAUGAAAAUGAGAGUUUAAAGGAAAAUGCCACUUAUAUUAAGAAUGACUUGAAUAAUCGAAUAAGUGAAUUAACGCGUGAAAAUACGGAAAUAACUUCUCAUAUAACAACAGUCGAGGACGAACUCGCAUCUGUUAAAACGUUAAAUAAAGACUUGAAACAAAAACUUGAAGAGUACAAGUCACUCAAGACAGAACUAGAGCAGGAAAAAAUUAAGCAUCAAAAUGUUGUCCUCAAAGUAAAGGAAUUAGAGUAUGAAGUGAACAGCUAUGGAGAUUGGAAGAAUGUUGAAAAGGCAUCACAUUCAAGAAUGACUUCAAUGUCUGAAAUGGAAAAGGAUGUUGGCAGAUUAAGGCAAACAAACAGAAAUUUACAUGAUUCAAUUGGAAAUAAGAUGUUGCUUGAAGAACAAGUUCAUAGUCUUCAGACACAAUUAGAUCGUUAUGAAAAGGCAAAUGUUGAGUUGAUUACUGCCAAGACACAGUUUGAAUCGCUUGAAAGAGAAUUGAAAGAUUGGAAACAAUUAGGAACUGACUUCGUACAGAAAGGCGCAGCUAAUAAUCCAAUUAAUGUUCGUUCUUAUAUUGAACAGCUCCUUCAUCGUGACUUGUUACUAGUAAGUGAAAAGUCAAAUGUUUCGUCUGAAAAAUCGACUGUUCAAAAUCAAUUAUCUGAAUUGAAGAAUCAAAAUGAAACACUUGCAAAGCAGAUUGAAGGCUUGGAGAAAUCUCUAAAAACUCAUCAAGUUGUCAUAGUAAGGAUGCAAAAGAAGAUGAAAUUAGUACAAUCUGAACGAGAUGCUCAACGUCAAUUACUUGAUAGUUACGAAAAAGAUCUGACGGUAUCGCAAGGAUUACAAUCAAAUAGUUCACAAGAGACUCAAUAUCGUUUGAGGAUUGAAAUGCUAACGAAUUCACUCAGUGGAUAUAAGGAACUAUGUUCAAAGCUCGAAGCAGAAGUGGCUGAAUUACGUGGAAAUCCAGUAAAUACUUUAGAUCCAUCAAUGUGUUCAAGUGAACAAUAUAAGAUUUUACGAAAGGAUCUUGAAGCACUUCGUGUAGAAAAUGAAAAGUUGAGAAAGAGAAAAUGCGAAUUGGAGAUUGAAAUUGAGAACAUAACGUUGCGUAGUAAUGUCAUGAGCGAUGAGAGAUUGAAGGUUGUACAUUUUAAAAAUAAUCCAGCAGCACUUGCACAAGAGCAGAUUGCAAAUGAAGUAUCAAAGUUAAAAGCUGAAAUUGAGCGGCUUAAAAUUCGUAACAAGAAAUUAGAGGAAGGAAAUGAGGACUUGACAACUCGUUCGGUUGAUACAGUCAACAUGACGAUGAAUAUAAAGGAUAUGCAAAAGUUGAAAGAGGAACACAAGACACUCCAAGCUAAAUAUAAGGAAAAUGAGCAAGUUUUUACGAGAAUAAAUCAGGAACUACGAGAAGUAAUUUAUAUGCUCUUUGGAUAUAAGCUAGAUCGUUAUGGCAACAGUAAUUACAGGAUUACGAGUAUGUAUGCAGAUUGUGAACAAGACGAGCUAUUAUUCCAGCUAAAUGAAGUUGGCACUUUAGAUAUGCUCGAGAGUGAUUACAGUAAAACAUUGACUAACUUUAUGCAACAAUAUUUGCAUGGGUCAAAUGGAUCAUUGCCAGCAUUUACGUCUGCUUUAACACUAGAUUUGGUUAAUCGAAUGACGGUGACAAGUGUGGUAUAAAUCACUAGUUUUAGUUCCCAAAAUAAUAAAUAAUUCCACGAAAUUUGUCCAUUUUUACAGUUUCUAAUAAAUUUAUGGAUAUACUUACUCCAUUUUUGCAAAAUAAAUUUACUUCC